UCCGUAGACUCACACAGGGACAGCCUCUACGUGCUUCCCUCAUGAGGUAAAGUGCGUUGUGCGUUUACUCACACGUCUGGCAAUGGAUCUAAAGCUCCUCAGGGUUUUCCCUUGUGUUUGAGCCUUUUAAAAACAGUUUGUCCACUGUUGUUGUCCUUAUCCUCCUCAUCUUCAUCAGACCCAGCGGGAGCAGAGAGGGGAAAGAAGAUGGGGUGCUGCUCUGCACGAUGCACGCUCAUCCUCCUGUGUUGUUUGCAGUUGGUAACUGCGCUGGAGAGGCAGGUGUUUGACUUCCUCGGCUACCAGUGGGCUCCCGUCAUGAUCAACUUCUUCCACAUCAUCGUGGUCGUCCUGGGCCUGUUUGGCGUCAUCCAGUACAGAUCACGCUACGUUAUUUUGUACCUGCUGUGGACAUUGUUGUGGGUUGGCUGGAAUGUCUUUGUUAGUUGUCUGUACUUGGAUUUGGGAGGGCUUUCAAAGGACAGCGACAUACUCACCCUGGGAGUGUCGUCGCAUCGCUCGUGGUGGAAGGACAACGGGCCGAGGUGUGAGAGCGACGGCCUUCCUUCCGCUGGGUGGCAGAAAUGGGAGCCGACCACAGCGUUGAGCUGCUGGCUAGAAUACCAGUACGUAGAAGUCCUGCACUGCAUCGUCCAGCUCCUCGUAUCACUCCUGGGAUUUGUUUAUGCCUGCUACGUUGUCAGCACUCUCUCAGAUGAGGAAGACAGCUUUAAUUUCAUGGGUGAAUUUCAUCAUCCAUCCAAACCCUCUCAGUUGAUCUUCUAAUAAAGACCUUUGGAUUAUAUAAUAACCACCAAGGUAAAGGCCAAGGAGGAGCCGGGCAAGAAGAGGAGACAACUUUGAAGACCUGUUUGUCAAUAUCUGUUACAGAUGUUGAACCUCACUGUGCACUAACUCUACACACUGUCCCGAGUAAACAGGGGCAUUUCCAGUCGCCUUUAUCGCUGCAUAUGAUGCGUUUUUUCCUCAGGCCUUUCUGUAAAACUACAUGUAACUACCUCUCUGUGUGUGUGUGUGUGUGUGUGUGUGUGUGUGUGUGUGAAAGAGAUAGACAUCACUAGAUAUGAAGCACUCAAGUGUGAUUUGAAAGAUGUAAAUAAGUACCUCAUUCUUUCUGGUGUUUUGCAAAAAAUUUGUAAAUUAUUAAUGUGUGUCAUUUCAGUUAGAAAAAGUUAUUAUCCCAACUUGUGUGUAGUGUAUGAUAUAAUUCAGUGAAAUAAACCAUGCAUGUAACACAGCUUUUAUUGGGUUGUUGCACACAUUUCUUUAUUUUUAAUAACGCUUUUUCUGCUCCUGAUGGCUCUUUAACACUGAUAAUUUGUAGGGCUGCACAAAAUGGUAAAAACAAACUAAUAUUGCCAU